AUGCCUAAGUUUUAUUGUGACCACUGUGAUACUUAUCUUGCUCAUGAUUCUCCAUCUGUGAGGAAGACACACUGCAGUGGUCAGAAACACAAAGAGAAUGUGGAAGACUAUUACCAGAAAUGGAUGGAAGAAAAGGCCCAGAGCCUUAUUGGCAAAACAAUGGUUGCAUCUAAACAAAGUAAGAUCCCUUCAGCUCCAUUCUCUUCUCCUCUGCCUGCAGGGGCCAUGAUCCCACCUUCCCCCAGUCUCCUGGGUCCUCCUUGGCCUGGCAUGAUGCCUGUGCUCCCCAUGGGAGGCCCUCCCGUGAUGCCAAUGAUGGACCCUCCUCCUCCUGGGAUGAUGCCUCUGGGACCAGCUCCUGGGAUGAGACCGCCCAUGGGAGACCACCUGCCCAUGAUGCCCUGA